ACAUGACGGUCUGGCGCCUGCUUUGCUUCCGCAGCCUCCGAUGGAACGUCUUCACCACCGUUGUCUUGGUCUCUGGAAGCCAAUUUGUGGGCGUGAACGUGGCCUCCGUUUUCCUCAAGUGGAUCUAUGAGACUUUGUCAUUGUCUACCAAAGCCAUAAGUCUCAUUCCGCUAGCCGGAACCAUGAUCGUCCAGAUGAUGCUCCUGACCACUAUAUUCACCAUUGAGACCUUAGGGCGGAAGUUUCUCCUUUUGACUGGCUUACUGAUUUGCACCCUCUCAAAUAUUGCCCUAGCCUUCUCUCUUCAGGUUCAGGUGGGCAACCCUACCACUCUCUGCACCAGGGUAACUUGGGUGCCACCCAGUUUCCUUCCCUGUGUUUGCGCGCACACAUCCUCCCAGCCACUUAAAAUUGAUCUUGUCAAUUUCACUUAGUUGGUCAAUUUUGCCAAUUGGUCAAUUUCACUUAGUAGGUCAAUUUCACCCUGUUCAUCAAUUUCACCCAAUUUGUCAAUUUCACCCAGUUCAUGCCAGUUUCCUGGAGAUGGGAUUCCCAAACCCUGUGGAAACCAAGUGGCUGGUUGAAGGUGCUUCCUUCCUCCCCACAGGUCAACAAUCCCUCCCUGGCCUUCAUCAGCAUGGUUUUGUUCAUCCUCUUCUUCAUGGGGGACAUAAUGGGACCAGGUUUGUGAUCAGAUGGGAUGCAGAGUUUGCACAGGAGAGG